CCCUCCAGCCUCUUCCUCAAGAAAAAUAAGUUCCUGUACAAUUAUAAGAAUCUGCGCUGGGCACGAGGCCGCCAUGAAACCUAUCUGUGCUACUUGGUCAAACGUCGCUACAGCUCCGUGUCCACCGCCAUGGAUUUUGGCUACCUGCGCAAUCGGAGCGGUUGCCAUGCAGAGAUCCUGUUUCUGCGCUACCUGCCGAUCUGGUUGGGGCAGGACCCGAACAGGCUGUUCAGAGUCACCUGGUUCAGUUCGUGGAGUCCCUGCUGUGACUGCGCUCGGCGCAUUGCCAACUUCCUACUUAACCAUCCCAACCUGAGCCUGCGCAUCUUCUCAGCAAGACUUUACUUCUGCGAAGAACAAAAUGCGGAACCAGAAGCGCUACGGAAGCUGCAGCAGGCUGGGGUGCGACUGGCAGUCAUGAGCUAUAAAGAUUAUUUCUAUUGUUGGAACACUUUCGUAGAGAACCGAGAGCGGAGAUUCGAGGCUUGGGAUGGACUACAUGAGAACUCUGUCCGAUUGGCAAGAAAAUUGAGGCGUAUUCUAGAGCCUCCCUAUGAUAUGGAAGAUCUGCAUGAAGCCUUUGGCCUUCUGGGACUGUAGGAAGCAUUGCAGUGGUCAAUGAGGUUUCCUCAAACCUGAUACCCUACCCUACACACUGCAAGGUGCCCACCUAAAACUAACUUGGAGGAAGGUAACAGACGUGACUCAGGCUCUGCUCACAUGACCGGACCACCAUGGUGUCUUCUUCUCUCAUACAUACUUGAUGUCCUUCAACACAGGAACAGUGUUGGGAACAAUCUCAGUUUAAUGUACAGUAUAGUUCCCUGUGUGGGGCCAACCUGCACUUCAUCUCUUUCACGUCUCCUUUUUUAACAAGAAUGGGGAAGUGUAGACACAGGAUUCAAUGCAAAGUCCAACCAAAAUAGCUAUUUUGGUAUUGCAUGGCAGCUGACAAGCUGGACCACAUACUAGUUUCUUAUAAUGCUAUAUAAAGUAAGAAUGUUUAAUGCUCAAAUCAUUUGUGCAUAUGGCGGGUGAGCAUUCUUGAUUUUCUAUUCAUCUUUUAAGAAAGAUGGAGGUUACCAUUGCUAACCUCUGAAACCCCCUAGUCCCCUGGCCGCCAUACUGAUCCAGCACCUUUAAUACC